UCUCUGUUCGGUAGGUUGUCUAAAAAAAAAACCUCGCCGCCGGAAAAAAAAAAAUGGACGGAGGAGGAGGACCAAAUCAAACGAUUCUCAGUGAAAUAGAACGUAUGCCUGAAGCUCCACGUCAACGUAUCACUCACCACCGUCGAGCUCGUUCGGAAACUUUCUUCUCCGGCGAAUCAAUCGACGAUCUCUUCUUAUUCGAUCCUUCCGAUAUCGAUUUCUCUUCCCUUGACUUCCUCAACACUCCACCACCACCACAACCACAACAACCACCGCAACAACAAGCUUCUCUUAUGUCCGUUGAUUCGCCUUCAGAAGAAACCUCAUCCAACGGUCUUCCUCCUAAACCUGAUGGUGCUCGAUUCAGUCGACAUGUUCGUAGCUUCUCUGUUGAUUCUGAUUUCUUCGAUGAUGUUACUGAGGAUCAGUUCGUUGGUAAGUCUUUAGAGGAGAAGAAGAAGAAGGGUAGUAGUCAUCAUAGUAGAAGUAGUUCUAUGGAUGGAGCUACUAGCUCUGCUUCGUUUAAUCUUGAAUCGAUUUUAGCUUCUGUGAGUGGUAAAGAUGGUGGUGGGAAGAAGAAUAUGGGUAUGGGUGGUGAUAGACUUGCUGAACUUGCUUUGCUUGAUCCUAAAAGAGCUAAAAGGAUUUUGGCGAAUAGACAAUCUGCGGCGAGGUCGAAAGAGAGGAAGAUUAGGUAUACUGGUGAGUUGGAGAGGAAGGUUCAGACUUUACAGAAUGAAGCAACAACAUUGUCUGCUCAAGUCACUAUGUUGCAGAGAGGAACAUCAGAGCUGAACACUGAAAAUAAACACCUCAAAAUGCGGCUGCAAGCUUUAGAGCAACAAGCUGAACUUAGGGAUGCUUUGAAUGAAGCGCUGCGGGAUGAACUGAACAGACUUAAGAUAGCCGCUGGAGAAAUUCCUCAAGGGAACGGGAAUUCAUACAACCGUGCUCAAUUCUCGUCUCAGCAAUCGACAAUGAAUCAGUUUGGGAACAACAAGAACCAGCAGAUGAACACAAAUGGGCAGCCAAGCUUCAUGGAUUUCACCAAGAGAGGCUAAGUUUGAUUUUAAAAACUCGAAAUGUUGGCUCGGUUAUAAAAUACUUUAUAUUCAUUUUGGGCUACAAUAUUGGAUGUAUGUAAGUAUGUAUGUAUGCAUGUUAUAUGGCUUGUGUUAGCUUUGAUUGUAUGUCUUUGCAGAUAUGUUUAUCGCGAUA